UAUCGGUUAGCAGUGAUAUUAAAGGCAUAUAAAUAUCGCUUGGACAAAUGCGCAUGACCGCAACUGUCAGUGGGAAGUGUGCUUUAUAUAUACACAUGCUACAAAGAAUGACAGUUCAGUAAAAUAGUCCGUUAGUCUACCGCGCUCCGCCCUACACUGCGCACCGCCCAGCGUCACUCAAAACACGCCAAUAACCGCCUACACGCUACAACCCGCACCGCGGAAUUUAACUUUACUCAAGUUGAACUAAGUGCCGUUACUAUAUUUAACUGUGUGAACGUGUCGUUAAAUUUCUAAAAGCGUUUAAAUUUACCGAGGAACAGGGCGAGUGCACGUGUGACAGUGUGUGUGUGUGUUCGUGUGCAACGCGUACGGCGGGUAAGCAACGAUGGCUUGGCCUGAGGUUGUGCGAUGAGGGAGCAGACGGGGACGGCAUGCAGGAGGGCAGCGCGCCUACAAAGAGACCCUCCGCGCUCACCAUCGACCGAGCAGCCUUCCUCCUUCUAAGGGUCAAGAGAGCUUUUAAGAAGAAGCGCCAACAACGGAAGGAGAAACAUGCCGCGGCUGUGGCAGCAAGCGCGGCCGUACGGCGUGUCCCUCCUCCAUUGCUUCGCUCGCGCACGCUGCCCGCGAUCGUGGCGCCACCUCUCUCGAUACUCCACGCGCAGAUCGACCCUUCUCAUGCUGCAGAGGUGACGCAAAGCCAGCAGCUAAGCCGUGGUAUAUCAUCGCACCGUGUGAGUUGCGUAAGCACAGCGUUGCCUCGGAUCACGUGUAUUAGUGAUGAAGCUAAUGAUGCUGGUGAAGCGAGGCGCAAGAGUGCCUUCUCGCACCUGGGUGUGUCACCACGUUCCAGCUUCGCUCUGGAACAAACAGAUACGUGCACUAUUAGAGUUGGAUCAGCAAGUCCACGUGGGUCCUUCUCAAGUGGUGGUACUAGCUCAAGUCGAUUUCCAGAUGACGCAUCACGACGCCUUAGCUGGGAAAGGGACAGUUCAUCAUCCAUACCACGGUCAGGCAGUAUUGACUCUGUGGUGGAGGCUAGCGCCGUGAGGGUUCGUCGCUCCGAACCAAGUGCUGGUAUCACCUUGCAAAUACCGAGACCAGAACGCGCUUUAUCUCUUGCGUCCCCUGCUGUUGGAAGACGCGCUAAGCCCCAUCGUGCACUGGCAGAAUUACACUACGGUGCACUGGUGGAAGGAUGCGCGGGCGAGCUUCCUUCGCUUAGUGCGUGCGCGCCGCCCGCCCGCCCACGCGCAAGAGACAUCGAUACACACACAGACAACCGCACGCAGAUUGACAUACACCAGCAGGCUCUGUUUGCGGCAGUAGAACAUGGCUAUCUUGACAAAGCUAGGAAUAUUCUGGACUCCACAGAUGUCGAUGUUAACAGCAUCAACACAGACGGCCUGUCUCCAUUGGACGUGGCAGUGCUCACCGGAAACCGUCCUCUCGCCACCAUGCUUAUGGAAUUUGGUGCUAAAGAUGGUGGACAGUUCAAAACACCAGAAACACUUGGGGCACACUUAAGAAAACUGUGCCGAGAAGCCGAGUCUCGUCUACGCGAGGUAGGCGGUACUCGCGAGCCUCUACCACCCACUACUACAGGUUGCGCAGGCACUGCUUCCGAAAGGGAUAAGCAGUUGCAACACUGGGACAGACGACAUAGGACACUGAAGCGUCUAACAUCUGGCUGGAGUUCCGUUCGUACAGCGGGAUCAUUACCCCCUCCAGGUGUGGAAGUGUGUGGGCCGCACGCUGUUUGCGUACGCGUACCGGCUUUACGUGACGCAAGGCACGCAAAUUCACCUAUUCUCACCAAAUAUAAAGUGGAAUGGUCAUCGCGCAGUGACUUCUCGAACGUAUGUGGCACGCGUGAAGUUAGCGCGUGUACGCUAAGCGGUACGGGGGCUGGACGCGUGCUAAUUUCAGGGCUGACUCGGGGCCGUCGGUAUUACUUUCGAGUGGCUGCUGGAAACUUAAGAGGCUGGAGUGACCCAACCGUAUCGUUACCACGCAGCGUCGUACCAAGUAGUUGGCGCGAUGUGUCAUCACCAGUGUCGCGAGGAGAGACGGGAAAAACAGACGAACAGCUAGACGCGGUGGCAACAGCCUGCGCCAACGCCCGUCGAACACCUGGAGGUGCUGGAACAGCUGCCCUAACAGCUGGUGGAGUUGCUGCCGCUCGGGCGCGAAAGAACACCAUCCGACAAUUAUUCACCGGCAGCAAGUUCCACAAAAACCUCAGAAGAGGCGUAUACCUGGCUUGCGUGGUGUACCAGGAGGAACGUGUAUUGGUCACAAGCGAAGAGUUCAUCCCAGUAGUGGAAGUGGACGAAACAGGCCCAGCCGCGUUGGGCAGCGAACUCCACUGGCUAAUGAAGGUCUCCUGCGCCUGGCCAGAUGUGAAAUCCCUAAGAACAGACCUGCAGAAGCACCCGUCACCGUCUCUCCACUUCCGUAGAAGACUUCUGGCGGCGGUAGCACACAUGCAGGCGGCGCUAUCUUUGAUGGAUCUCGGUCAAGUGUAUCCAACGCCUUUGCGUGAUGCGGCUGGGACGUUGGUGAUUUCGCUCGUGAGUGCUGCGAGGGCUGGGAAACCUCCAGCUCUUAAUUCCCGAUGGGUGGCGCUGCAUAAGCUACGGCGGCGCGGUCUCGGAGACGAUAAUACCAUUGCUGAUCUGCUGCUAGGAUCGCUGCAUGAUCAGAUACGGUAUCAUCAGGUGUCAAGGGCUGCCCUCCCACGGGGUUUAUACGUAGGUUACUUAAAACUCCAAGCGUCGGUAGACGAAGUACGAGUGGUGGUUUCUGCGAAUGCUCCCAAUGUGCCGCCGCACACACGCCUUCGGGACAACCCUCACGUUUCUGCAGAAGAAUGGCAAUACCUCAAGUCUCAAUCGGGCAGAACGGACGACAACAAGUCCGUAAGCAACAUGUCAGUGAGCAGCGAACAGCCAUCGGAAUGCCAAGAAAUGUUCCUACAACAAGUUUCGGCUGGCGCAAAGCGACUUUUCCGUGAUAUGGAACUACCCGCAGAUAGUACCAAAGACCAUCGCUUCUAUGACCUAGAGGUCGUUGAACUCAGCGGUGACGUCAGCUUCGUCAUGCUAUGCCCGCCCCCAGGACGCGCCUGCUGUGUCCCAGGCCAACGAGAAAUGCUCCUUCAACGCGCCGGCCUCCUGAGCCUACCCGUUCAAGCCUUCGAAAUGAUCCACCUGCAAACCUACCGACCCCACCUGCUAGCAAAGUUCUGCCGGCUCAGCUGUCUUCUAGAACUGGACGUAGCCCUCGCAGCACAUUCACAUAGGGAAGCCUUCUCCUGCGACGAACUAAACACCGCCAAAGAAAGACUGACGAAGCUCGAAGAUCUGCAGAACGAUCUCAACACUGUAUGGAAAACGGAACGUUGGUUGAUGGAUCUCAUUGGCUUUGCGAGAGACAAGAGCGGCCCCGCCGGGGUCCUCCUCGAACACAUUCUAGAUAAGAGCUCGACCACCGAUGGAGAAAAGGAUGUCAACCUCAAAAUUGAUCUGCUGCAGAUUCCGGCUAGAGAUGGAAAGAUCAAUAAGACAAGUCCUGGAAGAGGUUCCUGGCCUGGACCGGGCGGAAGCGGUCCCACAACGCUACAUCCGGAAUUCAGCAAAUCCGAGCAACAGCUCAGCGUCGCACCUCGCCAACCGUCUGCGUCUACGUUAAACCUGAGCUCGAACUACUUAAAUGAGAGUCAGUUUAAGAGAAAAGGCAGUGGAGACUCGCAAAUGACGCAAUCAAGCAAUUACAUGAGCGGCGGUUCUCAAUUCGAUAUAAAGUCAUCAGGGUCCAGUCUGAAUGGCCGAUUGCCGCCUUCACGAAGCGAGGACACGUUAGUCCUGCACAAUGAUGCAAAGCCACAGCCUCGGCCUCACAGCAUAUCGGCGAGUCUACCUUCAGCCAGUCCUUUGUUGUCUAGAGGUCUUGGUGCCACCAGCAUGGUCAGCGUUCGCGGCAACGAAUCCGCCCAGAGCCUAUCCAGUGACUCGGAUUGUCACAGCUGUCCCAAACUGCGCGUGACGGCAUCAGAGAGCAUGGCUAGCUUGAAUGCGGAGGAUACAAAAAAACUGCCAGAGACAAAAGAGGAUAAUCAGGAGAAUGAGGAAGAGAAUAGGGAGCAGAGUGAGGGUGGCAUUUUGCAGGUGUUCGCGGCGUACGAAACAGGAUUGGCAGCUGGAACGUCGUUGAAGCUUCAUGUCACAGCUCGAACAACGGCGAGAGAAGUUAUAGAGUUGGUGGUGAAGCAACUCAAUAUGGCGGCCUUGCUUCGAGCUCGCCGUGGCCCGCUCUAUCCACCCCACAGACUGCCUGACUUCUGUCUUGUCGCUGUUAUUGGUGCUAGAGAACGGUGUUUGCGGGACGACUUCAGGCCCCUACAACUACAAAACCCUUGGCGUCGUGGACGGCUUUAUGUACGACUAAAACACGACGUACUUGCUGCGCUCACGCAUAGUGCAAACCAGCCAGCGUACAUUUAAAUUCCAAGAGCAAUAUAAAAAAUGUCUUCAUUAUUUUUUUUAUAAAGUUUCCCUUCUAUUUUACAUACAGUGAUAUAUGAAAAUUAAAAGGGAAGCCAUGUAUGUUCAAAAAUAUUAGUUGUUUGAAAUAAUUUGCUCAAAAUUCACCGUCGAUGCUCAAUUUCAGUUGAUAAAAUGUUCAUCAGUUAAAUAAAAUUGCUGUCUAAUAUAAUUCCAAAGAUAAUAGAGAAUUAGCGUAAAUUAUAUAAUUAAUAUUUUAGACUAAAUAGAAUUAUAGUCUAUAUUAAUUAACCUAUAGAGAAUAGAGGUGGAUAAAAGCGCGGGAAAACAUGGUAACCCUGUAAGGGUUGCUCUAUGGUCGUUUACGUAAUUUGUCAACGUGUAAAAAAGUAUUAUAGACUCAGAGUGAGAAAAUAACACCAUUUUAUCUUAAUUAUAUGUCGUGUCCAUUAUAUAGGAAUAAUCGUCCAUAUAUUUUAUUAUGUGAUAAUGGAAAAUCUUUGAUUUACCCCAACCCACCUGCAAUCAUUCAAUUGUAACGUUAUUUAAAGAUUUUACAUUUAAUAUUAAAAUAUAUCGUCUAUAUCACAGGGUUGGAUAUUAUUUAUCAACACAUCUGCUAUUUUAUAUACAUAUGAUAAAAUUAUAAGAAAUUCGUAAAUUUAUUAUUUGAAUUGCUCUAGAAAUAUUUAUAUUUUAUGAAUUAAAUAUAAAAUUCUUUUUUAUAUUACUAAUUGACGGAAUUUAAUUUAUAACCUGAACUUCUAAAUCAAAUCACUAUACCCAACUGAAUAUGACUAAAUAUUUAAUUUGUUUGAGAAUUGUUUUCCAAUAAAUUAUAUAAAAAAUCGAUUAAACGGUAAAGUAUAGUUUUUUGUACAAAACUGUUUUAAAAGAUCUGAAUGUUUAUUUACACAAUGUACAUAAUAUUAUGUGAUACUUUUAUUAUCAAGUCAUCGAAUAGGUAUCGUAAAAAACCUUAAUACAAAAUGUUUGAUAAAACUAAUUUGCUUAAGAUUUAUUUUAGUUAAUAUAGUAAAAUGAAAUUUUAUCAACGAUUCGAGCCAUACUUAGAUCGCAAUUAAUUAUUACGCCUAAGUAAAUGUCUUAUGAACUUGUUAUUAUAAAAUAUGUGUAUUAUUUUAAUAUUAUGAGUAUUCAGCAAAUGCUAUGUAUAUUAGUCUAGAGGAGUGGAAGAAAUGCACAGAAA